AAUACAACCAAUACAACCAAUACAACCAAUACAACCAAUACAACCCAACUCCAAAACCAAGACCAAGACCAACCCCCCGACCUCCACACGCCGCCGGCCCGCCAACACCCUACCCCAACCACCACCACCAAACCAUGAUGAACCUCUUCCUCCAACCCGAGUCAACCCCACCACUGCCCACCUACCCGGCAUUGUGGACGGCCGUACCGUCGCGCAUCACCACACAACCAAUCCCAAUCCCACCACUACCACCCGCGCGGCACCUCUCGGUUAAGGCGGUGACUGUUGUCACGAUUGUUACGGUGUUUACUACUGCUGCUGCAGCUGUUGCCGGUGGUGGUGGUGGAAUGGUGGCAGCGUCGGGGGUGGUGAUGACGUCUGGGCUGGUGAUGACGUCUGGGCUGGUGAUGACGUCUGGGCUGGUGAUGACGUCUGGGCUGGUGACGCCGGCGGCGGUUUGGACGGGGUCGGGGUCUUAACUCCUGGGUGGAGUGAGUGAGUGGGUUUGUGGUGACUGAUGGAU